CUCCUCUUUCAAAAUAAAAGCCAGGUGCUUGUGAGAGUAAUAUUGUGAACUUAGGCAGAGCCAAGCUGGAUACUUCUGUAAAACCAAAUGUGGACAGCAUGAAAUCUGAUGCUGGUUUCCCCAUCCUCUCAUUUGCGAGGCUCGACCAGUGGGAUCUGGAUAAUGUCCUCCAUAAUCUGAGAGAAGAUGGGCUGUCUCUCUGCCAACGUGUGUCAGUGGAACCUGCAAAAACACAUGCGGAUGGUGACAAGUCCAGGUCCCAGGAGAAUAUAAUGGAGAGGCUAGUUGCUUAUUGUAAGAGCCAGUCAUCUAAGUCUGUGUCAGAGCCUGUGAAAGGCUCAAACCACAUCAGACAGAAUAAUGUGUGGAACACAUCACUGGAAAGGAUGGCAGCAGAGUUGCAGCUAAGUCACCAGGAAUGUCCUACUGUUUAUAUUGACUUGCGUUGCCCUGAUCCUUCAAUAAAACCACCAAGAACAUCCCCAAAUCUUUCAUCAAAUUCCAAACCACCAUCCAAAUACAGCACUCACCAGGAAGCACCACCUGCACAGAAACCAAACCUUAAAGCGCAUGCCGGAUCGCAGAUGAGGGACUGGGAAGUGACUGGCAAGAGUGCGCUACUUCACAAAAUAAGGGAGAUGAAUAGAAAUGGGAAUAAAUAUCCUGAUAAAUAUACAGAUCCACCAGAUUCAGAACUAGGAAAUGAAGGAGAAGAACCGAAAGACGAGCCACCUCAGCCUGCAGAGUCUGCAUGCAGCCAUGACUCACAACAUGUGUGGGUAGAUAAACAAUCUUUCCCUGUACAAUCUGAGACCAGAGAACCUAAAAUGGAAAGCCCACCAACUGUUAAGCAAAGUUCAAUUAAAGAACCAAAGCAACAGAGUAACCAACAGAGACAACAGCUUAAGCCGACAUUACAGCGUGAACAACACCAGCAAAUUCUUAAGCAGCUGGAAAUGCAUCGUCCGACCACAUCUGUCUAUCAGAAGCAGGCAGCUGCUGAAAGGACUGAUGUUCUUUAUGAUUCUGAGGCAUCUCACUUACAACCAGUCAACACACUACCAGAAGAUAUUGAAAGUAAGGUCUGCCUGCUACUGACAGUCAACCUCUCUGGUCCCGGGAUGGUCGGAGAUGGAGCUCGUGGAAAAAGACAUCCAGCUGCAACCAAAUCACACAUCUACAACACUUUAGUGGCUUGGUUUCUGUCUUUGGUUGGCCCAGACAAACUUCUCAAUGAUGAUGAGGGUGAUGCACAGGUCCCAUUCUGGGUUGCAGGACUGCAGCAGCUGUGGACAGAGGACGGACUGGUUUUGCAUGUUUUAGCUGUGGCUCGUCACUGUUAUAAACCAAGGAAAAGGGUCAUAGAUGUCCAUACACCCUUCAAUAACCAUGUCUGCAGGUUCCUCUCUGAGACCUCACUCGCUCAGAUUGCCCCCUGGCUCCCUGAGCUCCAGAUCUUGCUGGACCAGCAACCCUAUGCAUCACCCAUCCACCUGCCUUCUUCCUCUUUAAAUAGUUUUAUCUCUGCCAUCCCUGACAAAAAGGUUAUAGAUAGAACAUUUGGGCUCAGUCCAGGGUUUUACUGGCAGACUGUGGAAACCCAGGAGCGUGUUUGUAAGAGGAGAGAGACCGCACAAGAGCUGCACACAGAGGUAUCAGUUGCACUAGGGUGCAGUGACUUCUACCUACAUCCCCUCAUAACACACUACACCCUCCAGCUUGUCGUGAACUCAGGGCUCGAUGUGUGUGGUCUGCGGCUACUUUAUCCACUGGACAGUUUCCUGAGUGACAGUGCUGAUGAUUUACCAGUUAACCGGGGAGCCAGUGAGACCUGCCUGCCUGUCCUUGCCCUGGCUGUUCGGGGUCCUUAUGCCCACUCAUUGUUGAAGGAUUUAACUAGUUCCUCAGAUCCUCUGCUCCCCAAAAAGACAGAUCUAACUUCUACAUCAAAUCAAGAACCUCCACCCAUCUACUCCCCUCAGCUGGCCAGUCAAGUCCACAGGGAGCUGUGCUUGUGGUUUUCCGGAAGAUUUCAGGGAGGAAGUGCACAGAAUCACAACCAGUCUCUGAACAGAGUUGUGCCUUCGGAUGACAGAGGCAGCCUGUUCAGUCUAAGCAGAUCAUCUGCCUUUCUGUGUGCUACAACUAAAGCUGACAUACUCCUCGUGGUGUCGCCUGUUGUGCCUCCAUGUUGUUAUGGCCAAGUGUUGGCUGUAUGUGAACGUAGAGGAUUCGGUCUGAAGGGGCUGCAGAGACUGCGGCUUCAGAGCCGCGGAGCCGCAGUCCUUGGACUCACCAACCAGCAGGCAAAUGUGUUCUGCAGUCCACCCACUGUGACCCUGGAUCAGGAGGUUCCCUCUCAGUGUCUGGUGUUGAUACUGCGGAAAGAAAAUGCAAUGCACCACAGUGUUAGUCUGCCAGCAGCUCUAAUGAGAGAAUUUAAAGCUCAAAAGCUUCUGGGCUGCAUUCACCUCAGACUUAAUGGUGCUCACACAGUAGAGCCAAGCUUCUGUUUCCACACUGUGCCCUACAGCAGUAACCUGUUCCACAUCUUUGUUAGGUGUAUGUGGACAUUGCCAGAUCCUUCCCGUGUGAUCCUGUCCCAUCAAAAGCGCCUGUCCAGCUCUGAGACAGAGCAGGUGGUGAUUUUGACCCUGUGUGGGCAGGACAUGAGCCAAGGCCUGAGCCUCCUGCACAGAGUGCUGACGGAAGGGCCAGAAGGUGAUGUACUUCAUGCAAGAUUCAAGCUACUUGGUGUGAAGUGGCUGCCUGUGCUGACCCGACUUCAGGCCCAGGAGCUGAGUCCUUAUGAGGUGGGAGAGCAGCCCUGCCACAGCAGCCAGGACAACCUGAUGUCCUCCCCUGCUCUAGUGUGUGCUCUUAGACAGACGGAUGCUUUUGCUUCGCUGCAAGAGUUCCUACCACACAAUUACCCCGGUAACCUGAGUGUCCUGAUGUCACCCACGCCUGAAGUGGCCUUCAGACAAGCCUCCCUCUUCUUCUUUGAGCACGAAAUGAUCCCUGAUCCACAGAUGCAGCUCACUGUGUGUUUGUUCAAGCCAAGAGCCUGGAAUCACGCUCUGACUGAAAUACGCCACAAACUCCAGCAGAGUGGCCUCACGUUGGUGGGCCUGCGAAUAGUGACCCUGGACAAAAGCGAUGCUGCCUCACUACUCCCUGCAGAAAGUGAUCCCUCAGACUCGGAGGCCCAUGUGGACGAGCUGUGCUCUGGUUCCUCGCUGGCUCUCUGCCUCCAGGGAGAGAAUGCUGUGAGGAGGCUGCUGGACGUGCUGGGCUGGGAGGACUCAUCCCUGUGGACAGACUGUUAUGGAUCGGGAUCAUAUCAAAAAGCAAUUGAGGGUGUGAGGAGGCUUUUCCCAGAUGGGCUUUGCUGUACUGAGACCAGCAUAAUGAGACAGGAGCAGAUACUCAGCAUGUGCUCAGACCCUUUAGCCUCUGUGGAGCGUGAACAGAACUGCACACUGGACCUGGUGGCCCAGGAAAAUCUGUCACCUUCAAAUGCAUCAAGGCCAAAUGAAGGGUCCCUGAUAAACAGUCCUCUUUGGCAGACAACCUGUCUUCUGAUGCCCUUAAAUGCCCCUCUGCCCAGCCAAAUGCCACCCCAGCUGGAGAUGCUAGAGCAGCUGCUGAGGUCAGGCUGCCAUCUGGUGGCAGGGAGGAUGAGCAUGUUGGAUAACAAGCAGAGGAAACAUAUCGCAGACAUUCUCCAAGUGUCAUCAAGUGGAGAUGAGAGGAUGACUCCUGACACGGCUCCCUGUCUCAUCAUGGCUCUGCAAGGGGAAAUGAUUGUGACUGGCUUUAACUUAAUCCUUGAAAGGAUUUACAAGGACAGGUCAGACCUAGAAAAAAUGGGGAAAAUGAUGAUCUACCCAGGAAGUGAGAAAGAGGCCAAGCAGCUGAUAUGGUACCUAUUUUAUGCCUUGCCUCCUGAGAGCUGUCAUGCCAUUGUGCCAUAAAAUUCAAAUGUAUACAGACAUUUUCCAUAAGGUGUCUGCUCUGAAAAAUGCAUUUCAUAGCCCUAACUGCUCCAUAGUUGUAGAUUUUUUGCUGGAAGAGAGAAAUAAAUUUAUUUUCCCACA